AUGGACAAUGCACCACAACAAGAUCAACCGCAGCAAGACCCCACCGGGUCCCUGGAUGGGAAGCCCCAAGGGAUCAUUGUCCUGACUGAAAACCUCAAGAAGCCCGAGGCCCAAGAUCAACAGCCAGAGGCGGCGACCAAUCCGACCCCCGAACCCGCCAAGUUAGACCGCCCUGGCCAGGACGAGAAGGAAGAUGAAGCUGCCAUUUCAUCGGCGCCCUGUAUCGACUUUGUCACUCUUGGAAUGUUUAUUAUCGGUGAGCUAGCUGCCCAUCCACUGCCCAUUGCCCACACUCUCGAUCCAUCAAAGCCUCAUCAUUUCCCAAUGGUUCAGACCUGGACCGACGAUGCCCUCCCUCCCCGCCCCAUAACCGUUAGGCUAACCUCAAUCCAUUUUCUACCCUGCAAAGACGACAUUGACUUUGCACCACCAAAGACUGCCGUCAAGGACAUUCUCGGGGGAGCUGGCUCAUAUUCGGCCCUGGGCGCCCGCCUCUUCUCACCACCACCCAAAUCUUCUACUGUGGGCUGGGUUGUUGACAAGGGCAGCGAUUUUCCGGCAUCAGCGGCGGACAUCAUCGACAGCUGGGGCACAUCGGUUGUCAUCCGUGAGGACACUGAGCGCCUCACCACCCGAGGCUGGAAUGGUUAUGUUGGAACUUCGGAGCAGCGGUCCUUUAAAUACAUGACGCCUAAAAAGCGUCUCACGGCUGAGGACCUCACACCAAAUCUCCUCCAGGCAAGGGCUUUCCAUCUCAUCUGCUCCCCCCUUCGUUGCCAGCAACUUGUCGCCGACAUCUCAGCACGUCGCAAGGCAGCAAAUCCCGACAACUACACUAGGCCAAUAUACAUUUGGGAGCCAGUGCCGGACCUCUGCACUCCAGACGAGUUGCUCAACUGCACAAACACUUUGCCAGUUGUGGAUAUAUGCAGCCCUAACCACUCCGAGCUUGCCGGAUUCAUGGGAGACGAUGGCCUCGACCCGGAAACUGGUGAAAUUUCCACAGUUUCCGUUGAGCGGGCCUGCGAACAACUGCUUGCUAGUAUGCCCCUCCAGUCCUUCACGCUGGUAGUGCGUGUCGGGGAGAAAGGGUGCUACAUAGCAAAGAACGGAGGGAGGAAGCGGCAACGUGACCCGGGAUCCUCCACCAAGCGACGCAAGAAAAAUUACGUCAGGGGUGGUUUGCAGCCAGAUACUGAUAUGGAGGCCCUCUUCGCUGGCCUCCUCCAGGACGACGAUGGCUUGGUUGCCCGCGAAGAGAUAGAAGUCGAUCCAGGCAUUGAACGGUGGCUUCCCGCCUACCACCAGGACGCAUCCAAGGUCGUUGAUCCGACAGGAGGUGGCAACACCUUCCUGGGCGGUUUGGCUGUUGCUCUGGCCAGAGGACAUGGUGUUGAGGAGGCCGCCGCAUGGGGCACGGUCGCGGCUAGCUUUGCCAUCGAGCAAAUUGGCGUCCCGGUUUUGGAGGCAGGAGAUGAAAACAAGGAGGAGAAAUGGAACGGAGAAAGUAUCCAGCAGCGACUGAAGGGGUUUCAAUCACGACUAUGA